AUGACGAGAGUCCGUGUCAGUUUUACUAGUUCCUCUGUGCCCAAGGAAGGUCUUACUGGUGGUAUGACCACAAUGAACUAUUCCGGAUUAGAACUCGGAACUACUGUGAAAGGAACAACGCCCCCAACGUACCGACACCCCAUCAUACCAAGUCAGUUUGACAGCUCAACGACAGAACCUUCACCUUUGUCACAAACACAUAUGUCUCCCCAAUUGUCCGUUGUGUCAAUGCCGACAAAUAAACCCAUAGCAAGCAUACCAGUUCCUCCUGGACAAAGUGAGCAGUUUAUUGACGUUCAACCGCCAAGUGGCCAGCAGCCUCCCUCUCGCCCUAGUACAAAGCCUGACUACAAUGUCAGGCCGCUUCCAGUGCUUCCUGGGACGUCAGAGACGCAACCAGAACUCAAAAGCGCAAACCCGACACCAGUACCUGAGACUAUUCCAGGUCCCCCUACUGGAGUGUUCUCUGGUGCAGCUCCUCCUAAAGAGCCGCAACUACCUGCCGCCAGUCCCGAGGUUGUAAGCACACCUGUGGAAGUGCCAUCAUCUCCUAUCGUCAGCAAACCUGUUCCACACCCACCGGUAGAUGUACCAUCACCAUCUGUCGUUAGUCAUAACAUGGUACCCACUCCUGCUGUGGGUAAACAAGCGAGUGAUAAGGUUCUACACUCACCUGCUGAAAUAUCAUCCGUACCUGUUGCUGGGACAAAGAUUGUGCAGCCACCUGCCGAAGUAUUGUCAUCUCCACAAGCAAGUGAUAAGGUGGUACACUCACCUGCUGAUGUAUCAUCUGUAUCUGUUGCUGGUCCAAACAUUGUACAGGCUCCUGUUGAAGUGCCGUCUCUUCACGUCGCCAGUAACAACGAUCUACACGUUCCUGUACAAGUAACGCCACCGCCUGUCGACAGUCACAAUGUUGUACAGCCAUAUGUAGAAGGAUUGUCCCCAUCACUUGCAAGUGAUAAGGUUGUACACGCACCUGCUGAAGUAUCAUCUGUACCUGUUGCCGGUCCUAAGAUUGUACAGCCACCUGCCGAAGUAUUGUCAUCAUCACAAGCAAGUGUUAAGGUUGUACACGCACCAGCUGAAGUAUCAUCUGUAUCUGUUGAUGGUCCAAACAUUGUACAGGCUCCUGUUGAAGUGCCGUCUCUACACGUCGCCAGUAACAACGAUCUACACGUUCCUGUACAAGUAUCGCCACCACCUGUCGACAGUCACAAUGUUGUACAGCCAUAUGUAGAAGGAUUGUCCCCAUCACUUGCAAGUGGUAUUGUUGUACACGCACCUGUUGAAGUAUCAUCCGUACCUGUUGCUGGUCCAAUGAUUGUGCAGCCACCUGCAGAAGUAUUGUCAUAUCCACCAGCAAGUGAUAAGGUUGUACACGUACCUGCUGAUGUAUCGCCACCAAGUGUCAUUAAUAACAACGUUGUACACGCUCCUGUCGAAAUAUUGUCAUCUCCACCAGCAAGUGAUAAAGUUGUACACGCACCUGCUGAAGUAUCAUCUGUACCUGUUGCCGGUCCAAUAAUUGUGCAGCCACCUGCCGAAGUAUUGUCAUCUCCACCAGCAAGUGAUAAGGUUGAACACGCACCUGCUGAAGUAUCAUCCGUACCUGUUGCUGGUCCAAUGAUUGUGCAGCCACCUGCCGAAGUAUUGUCAUCUCCAUCAGCAAGUGAUAAGGUUGUACACGCACCUGCUGAUGUAUCGCCACCAAGUGUCAUUAAUAACAACGUCGUACACGCUCCUGUCGAAAUAUUGUCAUCUCCACCAGCAAGUGAUAAAGUUGUACACGCACCUGCUGAAGUAUCAUCUGUACCUGUUGCUGGUCCAAUGAUUGUGCAGCCGCCUGCCGAAGUAUUGCCAUCUCCACAAGAAAGUGAUAAGGUUGUACACUCACCUGCUGAUGUAUCGCCACCGCCUGUCACUAGUAACAACGUUGAACACGCUCCUGCUGAAUUAUCGCCACCAAGUGUCAUUAAUAACAAUGUUGUACACGCACCUGCUGAGAUAUCGCCACAGCCUGUCACUAGUAACGACGUUGUACACAUUCCUGCUGAACUAUCGCCACCGACUGUCACCAGUAAUACCGCUGUACACACACCUACUGAAGCAUCAUCUGUACCUGUUGCUGGUCCAAUGAUUAUGCAGCACCCUGCCGAAGUAUUGUCAUCUCCACCAGCAAGUGAUAAGGUAAUACACACACCUGCUGAAGUAUUGUCAUCUCCACAAGCAAGUGAUGAGGUUGUACACGCACCUGUUGAAGUAUCAUCUGUACCUGUUGCUGGUCCUAAGAUUGUGCAGCCGCCUGCCGAAUUAUUGUCAUCUCCACCAGCAAUUGAUAAGGUUGUACACGCACCAGCUGAAGUAUUAUCUGUACCUGUUGCCGGUCCAAUGAUUGUGCAGCCACCUGCCGAAGUAUUGUCAUCUCCACCAGCAAGUGAUAAGGUUGAACACGCACCUGCUGAAGUAUCAUCCGUACCUGUUGCUGGUCCAAUGAUUGUGCAGCCACCUGCCGAAGUAUUGUCAUCUCCACCAGCAAGUGAUAAGGUUGUACACUCACCUGCUGAUGUAUCGCCACCAAGUGUCAUUAAUAACAACGUUGUACACGCUCCUGUCGAAAUAUUGUCAUCUCCACCAGCAAGUGAUAAGGUUGUACACGCACCUGCUGAAGUAUCAUCUGUACCUGUUGCUGGUCCUAAGAUGGUACAGCCACCUGCCGAAGUAUUGCUAUCUCCACCAGCAAGUGAUAAGGUUGUACACUCACCUGCUGAAGUGUCAUCUGCACCUGUUGCUGGUCCAAAGAUUGUGCAGGCGCCUGCCGAAGUAUUGUCAUCUCCACCAGCAAUUGAUAAAAUUGUACACGCGCCUGCUGAAGUUUCAUCUGUACCUGUUGCUGGUCCAAAGAUUGUGCAGCCGCCUGCCGAAGUAUUGCCAUCUCCACAAGAAAGUGAUAUGGUUGUACACUCACCUGCUGAUGUAUCGCCACCGCCUGUCACUAGUAACAACGUUGAACACGCUCCUGCUGAAUUAUCGCCACCAAGUGUCAUUAAUAACAAUGUUGUACACGCACCUGCUGAGAUAUCGCCACAGCCUGUCACUAGUAACGACGCUGUACACAUUCCUGCUGAACUAUCGCCACCGACUGUCACCAGUAAUACCGCUGUACACACACCUGCUGAAGCAUUAUCUGUACCUGUUGCCGGUCCAAUGAUUGUGCAGCACCCUGCCGAAGUAUUGUCAUCUCCACCAGCAAGUGAUAAGGUAAUACACACACCUGUUGAAGUAUUGUCAUCUCCACCAGCAAGUGAUGAGAUUGUACACGCACCUGUUGAAGUAUCAUCCGUACCUGUUGCUGGUCCUAAGAUUGUGCAGCCACCUGCCGAAGUAUUGUCAUCUCCACCAGCAAGUGAUAAGGUUGUACACUCACCUGCUGAUGUAUCGCCACCAAGUGUCAUUAAUAACAACGUUGUACACGCUCCUGUCGAAAUAUUGUCAUCUCCACCAGCAAGUGAUAAGGUUGUACACGCACCUGCUGAAGUAUCAUCUGUACCUGUUGCUGGUCCAAAGAUGGUACAGCCACCUGCCGAAGUAUUACCAUCUCCACCAGCAAGUGAUAAGGUUGUACACGCACCUGCUGAAGUAUCAUCUGCACCUGUUGCUGGUCCAAAGAUUGUGCAGGCGCCUGCCGAAGUAUUGUCAUCUCCACCAGCAAGUGAUAAAAUUGUACACGCGCCUGCUGAAGUGUCAUCUGUACCUGUUGCUGGUCCAGAGAUUGUGCAGCCGCCUGCCGAAGUAUUGCCAUCUCCACAAGAAAGUGAUAAGGUUGUACACUCACCUGCUGAUGUAUCGCCACCGCCUGUCACUAGUAACAACGUUGAACACGCUCCUGCUGAAUUAUCGCCACCAAGUGUCAUUAAUAACAAUGUUGUACACGCACCUGUUGAGAUAUCGCCACAGCCUGUCACUAGUAACGACGUUGUACACAUUCCUGCUGAACUAUCGCCACCGACUGUCACCAGUAAUACCGCUGUACACACACCUACUGAAGUAUCAUCUGCACCUGUUGCCGGUCCUAAGAUUGUACAGCCAACAGCCGAAGUAUUGUCAUCAUCACAAGAAAGUGAUAAGGUUGUACACGCACCUGCUGAGGCAUCGCCACCGCCUGUCACUAGUAACAACGUUGUACACGCACCUGCUGAAGUAUCAUCUGUACCUGUUGCUGGUCCAAAGACUGUGCAGCACCCUGCCGAAGUAUUGUCAUCUCCACAAGCAAGUGAUAAGGUGGUACACGCACCUGCAGAAGGACCAUCCACAUCUGUUGCUGGUCAAAAGACUGAACGGCCACCUGUCGAAGUAUUAUCAACACCUUCAGCCAGUCAUAAGGUUGUACACGCUCCUGCUGAAGUAUCGCCAUCUCAUGUCACCAGUCACAAGGUGGAACAUCCAAGUAUUGUAGUAUGGUCACCACCUGUCGAAAAUCACAAUGUAUGGGACAAGGCUGCUAAAGAAUGGUCAGCACCUGUUGUCACACAAAAGAUUGGACACGCCCCUGUUAAAGCACCAUCACCUUUCACCAGUAACAGUAAGGCGGAACAGCCAGCUGUUGUAGUGUGGUCACCACCUGUUGAAGGUCACAAGGUUGUUCAUCACGCUGCUGAAGAAACAUCACCAGCUAUAGCCAGUCGCAAGGUUGUACAAGCACCUGUUGAAGUACCGGUUGUCCCUAACAACAAUGUUCCAAGCGCACCUGAAAUUGCAUCUCUACCUACCUUUAGUCACAAUGCCGUACAUGUUCAUCCAGCUGCUGAAGAAUUAGCUCUAGCCAGUCGCGAGGCUGUACAAGCACCUGCUGAAGCACCAACUCUUCCUAACAAUAACAACGUUCCAAGAGCACCUGAAAAUGCACUUCCACCUGCCUCCAGUCACAAUGUUGUGCAUGCAUCUGUGGAAGCAUCGUCACCUCUCGUUAGUCAAAGAAUUGUACACACACAUGCUGAAGUACCACACCAAUAUGUAGAUAGUCAAAAUGGUGUGCAUCGAACUGUUAAAGUGCAAUCCGUACCUAUGUCUAGUCGAAAGACUAUGCCAUCACCCUUUGCAGGACCAUCUCGAACUGUCACCAGCAACAUAAACAGGACUGUACACGCUUCUACGGUAGUAUCACCUCUCUCUAUCGCCAUUCAGAAGGCUUCACAUGCACCCGUUGAAAAUCCUCCAAGUUUUGUCGCCAGCCAGUACGUUGUACGCGCACCUGGUGAGGUACCAUCUGUACCUAUUACCAAUCAGAAAGUUACAUACGUACCCGUCAAGAUACCGUCAGUACCUGUCAACAGCCGUUACGUUGUACGCGCACCUGUUGACGUAUCGUCGCCACUUGUCACCAGUCAAGAGGUGGCGCACGCACCUGUUCAAGCACCAUCUCUACCUGUCGCCAACAACGAGGUUGUAGACUCCGUACAAACUUAUGUUGAAGUUACACCUCUACCUGUUACCAUUCCCAAGGCUGUACAAGCCUAUACUGAAAAAACAAAACCACCUCCAACCAACCAGGAGGCUCUACAAGAUCAUGUUGAAGUUACGCCCCUACCUGCUAUCAACUACGUGUCUGGGCAAGCUCAUGUUGAAGUCCCAACUCUACCUGUCAAGAGUAACAAAGUCCUGGAAUCUCAAGGUCCUGUACAAGCUCAUCUUGAAGCACCAACACAGUCUGCCAUCAACCACGAGGCUGUACCAGCCCAUUAUGAGGCAGCCAAACUACCUCCCACCAACCACAUGGCUCAUGUUGAAGUUACGCCCAAAAUUGCCACCAGUCAAGAGGUGGCGCACGCACCUGUUCAAGCACCAUCUCUACCUGUCGCCAACAACGAGGUUGUAGACUCCGUACAAACUUAUGUUGAAGUUACGCCUCUACCUGUUACCAUUCCCAAGGCUGUACAAGCCUAUACUGAAAAAACAAAACCACCUCCAACCAACCAGGAGGCUCUACAAGAUCAUGUUGAAGUUACGCCCCUACCUGCUAUCAACUACGUGUCUGGGCAAGCUCAUGUUGAAGUCCCAACUCUACCUGUCAAGAGUAACAAAGUCCUGGAAUCUCAAGGUCCUGUACAAGCUCAUCUUGAAGCACCAACACAGUCUGCCAUCAACCACGAGGCUGUACCAGCCCAUUAUGAGGCAGCCAAACUACCUCCCACCAACCACAUGGCUCAUGUUGAAGUUACGCCCAAAAUUGCCACCAGUCAAGAGGUGGCGCACGCACCUGUUCAAGCACCAUCUCUACCUGUCGCCAACAACGAGGUUGUAGACUCCGUACAAACUUAUGUUGAAGUUACGCCUCUACCUGUUACCAUUCCCAAGGCUGUACAAGCCUAUACUGAAAAAACAAAACCACCUCCAACCAACCAGGAGGCUCUACAAGAUCAUGUUGAAGUUACGCCCCUACCUGCUAUCAACUACGUGUCUGGGCAAGCUCAUGUUGAAGUCCCAACUCUACCUGUCAAGAGUAACAAAGUCCUGGAAUCUCAAGGUCCUGUACAAGCUCAUCUUGAAGCACCAACACAGUCUGCCAUCAACCACGAGGCUGUACCAGCCCAUUAUGAGGCAGCCAAACUACCUCCCACCAACCACAUGGCUCAUGUUGAAGUUACGCCCAAAAUUGCUACCAGUCAAGAGACUGUAAGAGUUAAUCCUGAAGCAACAACACUACCUGCCAGUCAGGAAGGUGCACAUAGGUCUGUUGAGACUACGUCCCUUCUCGACGCCAGUCACGAUGCUGCGCUCGCACCUUCUAAAGUUGCCACUGACCACGGUGUACACGCACCUGCUGAAGUUACUCCAAUAUCAGUCGCCAGUGACUAUAGUGCACAUGCACCUGAUGAAGUUACUCCUCUACCUGUUGCAAGUCACGAGGGUGGACACGCUCCUGAAGGAACAGCGAUACCAGUCAACAGUCGCCAUGGUGAACACGCACCUGCUGACGUUACGCCCCUAACAGUUACUAGUCACGAGGGUGGACACGCUCCUGAAGGAACAGCGAUACCAGUCAACAGUCGCCAUGGUGAACACGCACCUGCUGAAGUUACUCCCCUAACAGUUACUAGUCACGAGGGUGGACACGCUCCCGAAGGAACAGUGAUACCAGUCAACAGUAACCAUGGUGAACAGGCACCUGCUGAAGUUACUCCCCUACCAGUUACUAGUCACGAGGGUGGACACGCUCCCGAAGGAACAGUGAUACCAGUCAACAGUAACCAUGGUGAACAGGCACCUGCUGAAGUUACUCCCCUACCAGUUACUAGUCACGAGGGUGGACACGCUCCCGAAGGAACAGUGAUACCAGUCAACAGUAACCAUGGUGAACAGGCACCUGCUGAAGUUACUCCCCUACCGGUCACUAGAGACCACGGUGAACAUGUACCUGCCGAAGUAAAUUCCCUACAAUUCUCCACUCACAAUGCCCAAAGAGCUUCUUCAACAGCAAUUGGAAGUGGUAAUAUGUCGCAGAUGCCUGUUGAGAUCACAUCUCCUCCUACGGCUAGAUACCAGAGUGCCAAAUCAACUGUUGAAAUCACCACUCAUCCAAAUGAACAGACUUCCCAGCCUAACUCAUAUCACGUCUAUCCAAACGCACCCAGCUUGGUAACAGUGGGAUCUGUCGCUACGACCACGCAGAGAUCUCCCCUUAAACAUUCAACCAAUGCUCUGUCCCAAACUACAACAUCAACAUCAUCAGCACCGACAACGACAUUAGCAGCAGUAGCAACAACACCAUCUGCUGCGUCGACACCAACUGCAACAUCCACACAUGGGUCAGAAACAACAACAAGCCCGACAACGACAACAUCAGCCGUCGCAGCAUCAGCUACAGAGACAACAGCAGCUCCAGCAACAAAAGGAAACACUACAACAGGGACAUGGACUCCUACAUCAACAGCAGCAGCAACAACAACAACUGGGACAACAACCCCAGCAACAACAACGCCAGCUACAACAGAGCCUACUCCGCCUCCUGAAGCAACUGAGGCCCCUGAACCUCCUGAAAAUGGAGAACUCUCGCUUGCCUAUUACAUUUUCCAGCAUCUCCUGCCCGCUCUUUAUCGGGGAUAUCCUCAAACUAUGCCGCGCAACACCAACACCAUGCAAUGGCAGACGCCUCGACAUAUUCCUUCAGUCCACUAUGCCCAGCCUUCAGGACCUGCUCAAUGGAACUAUCAGCCACGAAGAGGAACUUAUCCACAAUCACCCGACAGAAACUCACCGGCAUAUCAUCCCCCAGAAACCACAGGCCCUGCAAUGCACUAUCAAUAUGGUGAAGGAUCAGAAAUGCCACCAGUGAUGAACUCAAACGCAGAAGAACCCACAGAUGCCCAGCUCAUCGCAAGGGAGUAUUAUCAAUAUAGAGAUCCACUUCCAGUACAAUCCAUGGCAGCUCAACCUUCAGGAGUCAGAGGCUCUCCAAUGUGGCAUCAGUACAGCGACGUUCAUACAGUGCCACCAUGCUCAACUCGAUGGCAGAUCAACCUUCAGCUCAACCUACAGAAGCCUCACGAUCUGCAAUGCACCAUCAGUACAGCAACGUUCAUACAGUGCCACCCAUGCUCAACUCGAUGGCAGAUCAACCUUCAGCUCAACCUACAGAAGUUAGAGGGUCUUCAAUGUAUCAUCAAUACAGCGAUGUGCAUACAGUGCCAGCCAUGCUCAACUCGAUGGCAGAUCAACCUUCAGCUCAACCUACAGAAGUUAGAGGGUCUUCAAUGUAUCAUCAAUACAGCGAUGUGCAUACAGUGCCACCCAUGCUCAACUCGAUGGCAGAUCAACCUUCAGCUCAACCUACAGAAGCCAGACGAUCUGCAAUGUACCAUCAGUACAGCAACGUUCAUACAGUGCCACCCAUGCUCAACUCGAUGGCAGAUCAACCUUCGGCUCAACCUACAGACGUUAGAGGGUCUUCAAUGUAUCAUCAAUACAGCGAUGUGCAUACAGUGCCACUCAUGCUCAACUCGAUGGCAGAUCAACCUUCAGCUCAACCUACAGAAGUUAGAGGGUCUUCAAUGUAUCAUCAAUACAGCGAUGUGCAUACAGUGCCACUCAUGCUCAACUCGAUGGCAGAUCAACAUUCGGCUCAACCUACAGAAGUCUCACGAUCUGCAAUGCACCAUCAGUACAGCGACGUUCAUACAGUGCCACUCAUGCUCAACACGAUGGCAGAUCAACCUUCAGCUCAACCUACAGAAGUUAGAGGGUCUUCAAUGUAUCGUCAAUACAACGAUGUGCAUACAGUGCCACCCAUGCUCAACUCGAUGGCAGAUCAACCUUCAGGUCAACCUACAGAAGCCUCACGAUCUGUAA